ACUCUCAUUUUCAUGGCGCUCAUUCACUUCAUUGAUGACCUGAGCGACAAGGAUGCCAGCAGCCAUGAGUUGCUAAAGGAAGAGUUGAGUCUACUACCGCUGAGCAGUAAGAUAAGCAUGUUAACACACCAAAAGAAACCAACCACUAGGUCCAGUAGUUUGGGCGAUACGGUGCUGAGAAGUCAUACCUUUCACUCCACAUGUCAAGGAAGAGAUGAAGUCCUUGAAGAUGAGGAAUCCCCACGUCAAAGGAGGAUAACUGUUGCAUCAUACAUUCCUCAGUCAAAGGACCACACUGGAGAAAGUGCAUUGAAGUGGGAUUCUAAUGGGUACAGAGCCAAAACUUUAGCAGAGCUGAACACAGAGGAGCUUUGCCAGUGGUUUAGUAAUAUUGGUCUACAGAAAUGCCUGCCCUUCAUUAGAGAGGCAGAGUUCAGUGGAUCUCACAUUGCUUCUAUUGAUCUCAACACCCUCAAAAUCCUUCAAGUGUCCAAUCUAGAGGAGAGAGAGAGGCUGCUGUCUGCGAUUUACCAUGAGUUACACCCCCCAAACUCCACCACUCAAAGACUUGACACCAUCCUUGAAAGAUUUGGUCCACACAAUGUUGAGAAAUUCACAGCGGCUUUGGUGUCCAUGACCAAGUCAAGAUCUUCUCUUCAAGUUAGCAGCAUCAACAUGAACCGAUGCUCAUUCAAAUUCAGGUAG